CAUCCGGUAUUUGGUUGGCGGUAAAUUAGAAAUUCUCUGUGUAGAGUCUCAACUAAAUAGCACAGUGGUGUGAUCAUAAAUAUACAAGCAUGGUUGAUCGGGAUUUGAAACGUUGGGCCAUUAAAGAAUUCAACUAUCCUUCAAAUAAACUGCCACCUGACCGCUGUCUGAGAAAGAUUUGUGCUGGUCAACGCAGCUCUAUUUGGAAGUAUGUCACUCAACGAGUGUUGAAAGAGAAAAAAGUUGAAAUCAGAAGGAGGAACGUCAAUUGGUACAAAAGGCUAGAGGACGAUGAGCUGACGACAGUGGAGGCUGUUCGUAAGCGAGAGAUCCAGAGGGAGAUCAAGGAGCUGAAGGCUCAAAUACACAAGCAAGACUCGACCAUCAAAGAAGCUGAGGAAGAUCUGCAGAGGAACGAGAAGGCGUGCAGUGAGAGCUGGUCUCGACAUGAGGAGCGCGGUCGCCGAGAGCUGUUGCUACGGAGCUUCCUGCAGCGCUGUGGUGACGUGAGGAGGAGCCUAACUGAUCACACUGAGCCUUUCAGAGAGCAGAGGCGGGCCCUGGAGCAGCACCUCAGCAAGGGAGAAGUGGAGUUGUCCUUCGACAUGUCUGAGGGAGGAGACAGCCUUAAUGUGGAGCCUCUUGUUAUGCAUGAGGUGAGAAAGCUGUGUGAGGACCGGGUGCAGUUUCUCAGGUCUGUACAAGCUGAAGCUGAAGAUGAAGAUGAACAGAGCAAAGAUGCUGCAUUUCUAGACUACCUGACUCCAGCUCAGAGGGAGGCUGUGUAUAAAGACUGGUUAAAUGCUGUGAAGGCCUUUCUGCAGACUCACCCUCCCAGACACGUGCUGUCUGCCUUCUACGUGCUUACCUACCAGCAGCAGAGGGCCCACCAGCAGCCCCCGGCCUCCGAGGGGGGAAAUGCCCCCGCCAAGCACAGGUCCCAAGAUGAACAGAAAAAAGACGAGAACCGACCAUCGCUCAAGACUCUGUUUCAGGCAGCCUGGGCAGAGGCGGAGCGGAGUGUGGUGGAGCUAACCCAGACCCGCUCCAGGACUCAGGAGGUCCGGAACGCCAUCAGAGUCCUGCUCAACGAAGAGAUGAUGCUGCUAGACGAACAAGACCACCACAAGCACUCUGCACUGAGUCAGAGGCUGCAGAGGGUGUGUAAGGCCGCGGAGAGGAGGAGCAUACAGGAACAGUGUGCCCAGAUUGAGGCGCAGGCUCUGCAGAUGGAGAGGGACGCGCACAGCCUGCGUGAGCAGCAGAAGGGCAUCUUGGGCCUCAGAAGGACAGUGGCUAACAGACAGGAGAAGGUUCGAGAGCUCAUCACAGCGAUCUCCUUAUUGCAGAAGGAGCUGAUCCACAUGCACUCUGAGAUCAGGCAGUUCCUGAAGGCCAACCUGUUCCCUCUGUACGGGGAGAUCAUUGAGCUGAUUGGCUCUCUCUCUAACUAUGUGUUCAUGGAGACGCGCCAGUUUGGGAGCGUGUCAAUGGCUGCCCUGGACUGCAGGGAGCUCAACGGAGAUCAGAAGGUCCCUGCGUGUGAACUCUCCAUUUAUCGAAUCAACUCCCCACGAUACGUCAAACUGUGCAAUAGUUUGGAUUUCCCCUUGUACAAGGCCCCAGCUGAGCUGCUGAGCCACGUGGCCCUCCAGCGUGUCCUGCUUCGUCGCCGUAGAAACGCCCUCCUGCUUCUCUCCUCCUCCACGGCUGCCGUAUGCAAAGCCAUCACCCAGCUGCCUGUGCCUGACUGCAAGGCUCUGCUGGAGAAGGUGCAGUCUGUGGAUGAUGACCUCCAGAGGACAGUGCUGCCCAGGGCUGCUGAGGCCCUGAGCCACUGCAACAAGGGCCUGGACAGCUGCUCCCAAGCCAAGACUGCCACCAAACACUGGUGGGAGCAGCCGGCCCAGUUUGCCUUGCCCGAGAUGUGUGUGGAGGGGAAGACCUUACUGCAGUGGCUCUACAGGUGGCAGCGGGCCACAAAGAAACAUGAAGUGUGAAUGUGCAUUAAGCAACAUGUGCUGUUGGGAUGGUAGACAAUAGGACUGUCACAUAGUUUGAUGUCCACUGGGUCCUCUACACAUGUGGAUUAUGGUAAUGGUGAUGUCUAAUUGAGUGAUUAGAGUUGUUAUGUCAGACUAACACCAACUUCUGUGGCAAGAUAGACGCCACUUUGGCAAUGUCAAGGCUACAGAAAAUACUGCCUGUACUUUUGUAGACAUAACUUGCAAUGUGUAGUUUUGCUAAAAAUGCCUGCCAGCCUUACCUUCAGUUAUACUUUGUGAGAUGAGUUUGCUUAAAGGAUGCCUAUCAUUUUUAGUCAUUGUCUCAGCUUUAUGUGCAAUACAUUGAAUUAAACAUGUCAAAUUAA